GAGGAUCAUAAACACAGAACAACAGAAAUACAAAAGAUGGAUGAAGGAAGCUUUAGAGAUAAGGAGACGUGGAUGCGGGACCAUGAACAGGGAUGAUGGAGUUUACUCGUUGGAUCGCGCAUGGGACUGCAUCAUCGGAGAGGGGAGAGCGGGCAGCAGAGGGCGACAACGUCCUCUGCUGGAAGUGACGCCAACAUCAGCGUCAGCCUGACGAAGUUUGCAGCCGCAAACGAAACGUUGCAGGUAAACAUGUCUACAAACCCCCCAAAGCUGAAGAUAGAAAUCACUUCGAACGAAAGGUUAAAAAACUUAAAAAGUGCUUUUGAAACAAAGUAUGGAGAAUCUCCCCUUUUCUAUGCAUAUGCACCUGGAAGGGUCAAUCUAAUAGGUGAGCACAUUGACUACUGUGGAUAUUCUGUGCUGCCGAUGGCUAUUGAGCAGAGCAUCCUGGCAGCUGUGUCUUUGAAUAACUCAGGGGAAAUCCACCUGUCCAACACAAAUCCUCAGUACCAGGAUUUCACUGUGUCCUGCUCAGAGGACAUCACCAUUGACAAAGACAAUCCAAAGUGGUUUUAUUACUUCCUCUGUGGGGUCAAAGGUAUCCAGGAGAAGUUUGGGAUCACUCGUUUGGCAGGAAUGUCGUGUGUUGUAGACGGAACAAUUCCUCCAAGUUCGGGUCUGUCCAGUUCAAGUGCCUUAGUCUGCUGUUCUGGUCUUGUUACCAUGGAGGCCAACCAGAAGUCCCUUUCCAAGGUGGCUCUAGCUGAGAUAUGUGCUAAAUGUGAGCGCUACAUCGGGACAGAGGGUGGAGGAAUGGACCAGUCCAUAUCAUUCCUGGCAGAGAAAGGAACUGCCAAGCUGAUAGAGUUCCAGCCUCUGAGGGCCACUGAUGUCCAGCUCCCAGAGGGGGCUGUGUUUGUGAUUUCCAACUGCUGCGUUGAGAUGAACAAAGCUGCUUCUUCUCACUACAACAUCCGUGUGGUGGAGUGUCAGAUAGCCACAAAGAUGCUUGCUCGGGCGAGAGGUCUGGACCCGAGUGGGCUGUCGAAGCUGGCUCAGGUUCAGACGGAGCUGAAGGCCUCCCUGGAGGAGAUGCUGGCUCUGGUGCAGGAAGUGUUGGAUCCUGAGCCGUACAGCCGAGAGGAGGUCUGUAAGGUGCUGUGCGUCACCCCAGAGCAGUUCUCCACCGAGCUGCUGAGCGCUAACACACAGCACCUCACACACUUCAAGCUGCACCAGCGGGCCAAGCAUGUUUAUGGAGAAGCGGCACGGGUGAUGAAGUUUAAGAGCAUUUGUGAUUCUGGGUCUGCUGAGUCCAUAAAGCUCCUGGGAGCGCUGAUGAAUCAGAGCCAUGCAAGCUGCAAAGACCUGUAUGAGUGCAGCUGUCCUGAACUGGACCAACUGGUGGACAUUUGUCUGAAGUCUGGGGCUGUUGGUUCUCGGUUGACAGGUGCAGGUUGGGGAGGCUGCGCCGUCUCCAUGGUUCCCAGUGAGAAGGUGGAGUCUUUUCUACAAGCUGUCAGGAAUGCUUACUACAUCCCUGACCCACGCAGAGCAGCGAUGGAGAAACAGAGUUUGUUUGUAUCAAAGCCUGGUGGAGGAGCUGCAGUUUUCAUGGAGGAGUGAAACUCACAUUUGUUUGUUUAUAUUGAAAUACUUUAAAAUCAACUGAGUGAUUUUUUUUCUUUUUUUAUGUGCAAAUUUCAGGAGAUGGAAAUGACUUGUUAACCUCUAUUUUUCAGGGGGAAUUUAAGGGCAAAAAACACCUCAGUGAUUUGAUUUUUGUAUCAAGUAGUUAUUUUUUUAAACUAUUUUUCAUUUAUAAUGUCUUGGAAAUUCAUUUCUAAAAAUAAUAAAUCAAUUGGCAAUAUAUAAAAUCCUGUUAUCCUUUAUUGAAGAAUACAUUUAUUAAAAGCCAAAAAAGAUAUUUUAACAAUGACUUAAACACAAUUUGUUCUGAUUUAACUGGGGUUACACCCCAACAGAAUAAUAAAUGUUUUUAAUGUGUUCAUUAAAAAAGUCUGAGUGAGAGUUUUAGCCUUGCAUUCCAGUUUUACAUUUUUAAAUACAUUCAACAGAAAUCAAACAAAGCCAUACAAGGCAAAGCACAGUGAGGCUGAUUCACACCUACCAAACAUUUUUGUUUUA